AUGUCGGGGCAGACGCUGACGGACCGCAUCGCCGCGGCCCAGUACAGCCUGACGGGCUCCGAGGUGCCCCGGGCAGUGUGCAAAGCCACCACACAUGAACAGACAGCCCCAAAGAAAAAGCACCUGGAAUACCUGAUCCAGGCCACGCAGGAGACCAAUGUCAACGUUCCCCAGAUGGCCGACACGCUGAUAGAGAGGGCCGGCAACGCCAGCUGGGUGGUGGUUUUCAAAGCCCUGAUCACCACACACCACCUCAUGGUGCACGGCAAUGAGAAAUUCCUUCAGUUCCUGGCGUCUAGAAACACCUUGUUCAACCUCAGCAACUUUCUGGACAAAACUGGCUCUCACGGCUAUGACAUGUCCACAUUUAUCAGACGCUACAGCCGCUAUCUCAACGAGAAGUCCUUCGCCUACAGACAGAUGUCUUUCGACUUUGUCCGAGUCAAGAAAGGAUCCGAGGGAGUGAUGAGGACCAUGUCAGUAGAAAAGCUGUUGAAAGGGAUGAACACCCUCCAGGGCCAGAUCGACGCACUGCUUGAUUUUGAAGUGCAUGCACCAGAGCUGAACAACGGAGUGAUAAAUGCUUGCUUUCUCCUACUCUUCAAAGAUUUAAUCAAGUUAUACGCCUGCUAUAAUGACGGCAUUAUCAACCUGCUAGAAAAAUUUUUCCAGAUGAAAAGAAGUCAGUGUAAAGACGGGCUCGAGAUCUACAAGAGGUUCCUGACAAGAAUGACUCGGGUUUCCGAAUUCUUCAAGAUAGCUGAGCAAGUGGGGAUCGACAAAAACGACAUUCCCGAGCUAACUCAGGCCCCAGAAAGUCUUCUGGAGUCCCUCGAGACCCACCUGAACACUCUGGAGGGAAAGAAACCUGAAGACAAGUCACCCACUAAGGACACUACGGCUAACAACGCUCCCCCCGCCGCGGCGCCAGCCAGGCACGCACCCCCCGCUCCGGCCGGCGGGCCACCAGCUCGCCCCGGGCCGCCCGCCAAACCCCCUCCGCCCUCCAUCACCCCGACUGCCCCCGCCCCCACCGCUACCAGCAACACUCUUGACGAUGGAUUCCUGUUGGACCUCGACCCCAUGUCAUCGUCCUCAGCAGGGGGCGCCGCAGCAACAUCCUCCAUGACCGGAUGGGGAGAUCUCCUGGCUGAGGCUCCGGCCGCUCCUGACGGAGCUUCUGAAGCUCUGCUGGCAGACGAGGAGUCUGCAGAUGCCGCCGCCGCCCCCGCCGCUGCUGCUGCGCCCACGCCCACCCCCACGCCCGCCCCUGCUGCCCCCGCAGUGCCGCCCACCUCGCUGCCUGUCUCUGCUCCUGCCACCACCUCAGCCACAGACAUGGACCUUUUCGGAGAUGCGUUUGCACCCUCCCCAGGAGACGGUCCUGCCGCCGUGGCCGCGGGCCCUGCUGCUGAUGCUUUUGGUGGAACUGACCCCUUCGCUACGACCGAGGGGAGUGCGGACAUUGCUCCAGAGCUGGAUCUGUUCGCUAUGAGGCCCACCGACACGGGGGCCUCUGCCGCCAUCACUCCUCCCACCUCUAGCGAGGCGCCGACCAUCAUCGCCCCCAUCGCUGCCCCCAUCGCUGCCCCCACCCCUUCUUCCACCACUACUACCACAACCACCACCGACACCACCACCACAGAGUCUGCAGCCGCCCCGACUCUAGAUAUCUUUGGUGAUAUGUUUGAUUCUAUGCCUGAGCAAAGCCCUACCACAGAACCCAAAGCUGCUACCACUCCUAGCGUAGACCUUUUUGGUGCAGACCUUCCUGCUGUUUCGCGCGGGCCCUCCCCUUUGCCCGAGCCGGCUCCCGCUGGAGACAUUGUGACGGAAUCGUUUACGUCUCCAGCGCCAACCGGUGCCCCUGCUCCCGCCCCGGAGGCCACCUCCCCGCCCAAGGCGGAGCCAGAGCCGGUCAUUGACCUGCUGGACUCCUUCGGUGGUCCUGUGGAGGAGACCAAGAGCUCUGCUCCCGGGGGGCCAGGGGACGACCUGCUCGGGGGCCUGAUGUCCCCCACCCUGGCCCCCGCCGCCGCCCCCGCCCUGGCUCCGGCCCUGGCGCCCGCACCGGCCGGGGACCUCCUGGAGACGGGCUUCGAUGCCCUGGGCCCCCUCCCCUCCCCGACCCCGCCCGUGGCAGUGGCGGCCGUACCGAUAGUGCCCGCCGCAGCACCCGUGGCCGCCGACCCCGCCCCCGCCGCCACCUCAGCGCCCUCUGGUGGCUUCGACGCCUCAAUGUUUGAUGGAUUAGGCGGCCUGCUGAUGCCCUCCAUCACGCCCCAGAGCACCGGGGGCAGCACAGCUGGGAGCACAGCUGGGAGCAUGGGGACUCCAGUCGCAGCUGGGGGGAUAACAGCUGCUCCCCCCCCCACCCCACCCCCUACCAAGACCAUCGGGGGAGACCUGGACUCAUCGCUGGCCAACCUGGUUGGAGACCUCGGAAUGAAGAAGAAGGACCCGCAAAGCGAGAAGAAGCUGACGGGAGGGGCCAACUGGACGCCACAGGUAGCCCCCACAUUCUGGGCCACUCCAGGAGCCCCCAUGGCCGGCGCUGCUCCCGGAGCUCCCGGUGCUCCCGGACCGGUUCCUGCUGGUGCACCCCUGGUGCCCCCCAUGAGUGCGCAGCCUGGCUUUGGCAUGGCUCCUGCUGGAGCUCCAAUGAUGCAACCCAUGAUGGGGCCGCCUAUGAUGGGGCAGCCCAUGAUGAGACCUCCCUUCAGCGGGGUGGCCGGAGCUGCCCCAGGAGCACCGAUUUCUCCAGCACCUGCAGCCCAGAGCCCCAAGAAGCCCAAGGACCCGCUGGCAGACCUCGACCUCAAGGACUUCUUAUAACACCGCACCUGCUUUCCUCUCUGGAUCAAAGACGUCUCACCUUUUUACCUGGUGUCUGUCAACAUCUCAGGAUGCCAGCGAUGUUAAGCUACUCUCUCGUUUUUGCCACAGCGCCCACCCAUCCACCCCCCUUCCUUUUGCCAGUGUGAUGUCGUAGCACAAAUUGUGAAAGUGAACCAUAGCGAAGUAUUAACAAGUAUAUGAGACAGAAAAAAAAAAGAAUACAAGUGUGUGCUUAUGUAGAUGUUUUGAUCUUUUUUGUCUAAACAAAAUCUGGCAAAACCAAUACAAAAAAUGUCCAGACGAGAGAGAAAGGGAAGGAAUGUGUGUUGAAAUGAAUUUCUAGUGCUGAAUUGAAUGAUGGAAGUGCUUUGCUGUCCUAGGCUCCUCCCACCACUCCUUUUGUCUCCGCCUCCUUCCAAAGGAGGAGUGUCCUACUCUAAUUAUCGGAGUAGCCAAUGAAGUCAAUUUAGGGAGAAAAGCAUUUCCUGGUGCUUACAGAAAGGUCCUAUUUCUUGUACAUAGAUUUAGUCUUUAUUCUGUAUGUCUGCUGAAGAGAAAUAUAAAUGUGAUUCAGACAAGAAACUGUAAGAAGUUGUGCGAGUAUCCCUCUAUUUCCCAGUUAUGACUAACUGAAUAAUAUAAUGUAUAUUUAGAAACAACCUCUCUGGAUGUCUGAGUGCUAAAAGACCAGCAAGUGAUCCUUUUUGUUGUUGUUAUUGUGGUUUCUUUAGUUUUGUUUUUCUUUUUAACUCGUGGCUGAUGUUUCACGUUUCUUUUUAUGUCCCUUCUUUCUACGUCUUUAUCGACAAAUGUGCCGUUUGGGUUAGAUAAAACCUUCCAGAUUAUUUGUGGACGUUUGCUGGCAGUGGUGUUUAAUGACAUAUCUUUACAGCUUACAUUCAAAAAGAAGGCUUAAGCCUCUUGUCAAAGAGGUGAACGCAGCCUCUCCUGUAUGAUAUGUGUUCGGCUGUGUCAACUUGAUUCUCGUGUGGGUAUUUUCUCAUUAUGUCUUUUGAGUCGGUCAGUACAGCUGUUUUGUGCCCAAAACAAUCACAUGUGGUUUGAAAUCAGGACCAAAGGAGAAAUAACAGACCGUUCCAUUACAGGGGGUCUUUAUUGGGAAGUGGUCACAGGUAUAAUGUGGAAUUUUCUUCCAGAUUAACCUAAUUCAGUUUACUAUCAUUAUUUCUUGCUAAAAACUUAACAAAAAAGAUCAUGGACAACGCUGAAAGCCUUUUAGCUCAUGCUUCCAUGUAAAAUGAGGCCCAAAUCAUCAUCUGAGCUAAUGCCAGAUUUAAACUGUCCUUAACUUCCACGUGCGAAGCGAAACAGCUGUCUGAGGAAAGAGUUUGAGUCAUUCUGAUGUCCGUUGCUAACAUUUAACUUGUAGUCCCGUGCGAUCCUUUGAGUGACCACACGGGAACAAUGCGUAGAGAGACCCACUGGGGGUCGCCGUUGAACUUUGUAGACAUGAACUUGUCCUCUUUUCACAAACCAUUUCCCUUUCUACCGACCAACUCUAAGUGGAAUCACUAUACUCUAAAUGUUGGACGGUGUUUACCGCCGGUCUCUCCUGUGCUGUAAACUGCAGAGAGUUGUAACGCUUUACUCCUGUGUGUUCGCCGUCAUGUCUGUGGAUUGGUUGUGAGAGUCGCACGUGGUUCAAAGUUAAAAAAAAUGGCAGGUCAUUAGCAUUUUUCAUGACUGAAUCGUCAAAGUUGUAUUUUUGUUUAGUUGUAAAUUAAUUAUUAUUUAUAACGUCCCUCUCCCAAGUGCAUGUAAGCCAUUUGAGAUGCAAUAAAUUGGAUGACGGAUCGAGGUGCUCGUCGUUUUUUUUUUUCUACGACACCAUCACUGUAUAUUUUUUCCAUUCGUCAUGUUUGG